AUGCUCUUCGUGAAUAAAUAAACAAAAAAAGAAAACAAAAUAAAGGAGCAAAUCGUAAAUAAGAUGAGUUUCUCCGAAAAUACUUCUGACUCUGACUGGAAAGAAGCAAAAAUAAAAGUAAAAAAUAAAAUAAAAACUGGAUGUGGAAAAUUGAAAUACAGCCAAAAGUUUUGUGAAAAAUGGCUCAGCCUCUUCGAUCCAUGGCUUAGCCGUUCCGCCGAGGAUCCCAACAAACCAUUCUGCCGAGCCUGCCAAUGUCGUCUGGAUUGCAAUCGUUGUCACUUGGUGCGACAUGAACGUACAACUAAACACAAGAGAAAUUUAGAGUCACUGGUGACCAAAGGCGAAGGUGCGGUGCGCAAGGAGUUAAGCGUACGCCAAGAGCGUAGUAAAUACUAUCAUCAGCGAAAGCGUGCGCUUAAGGAGGUGAAACAGGAACCCGUAAGCACAGUUCGGGAAAAUGACCUUUUAGAGGUGGCACCAAUUGCAGCAAUUACCACCGAUGGGGUCAUCGAAGAAAGCACGCAUAACUUCGAGGUAAUUGAGGAAGCAGCACAGGAACAGCUACAAAUUGCACCGAUUGCAAACACGGAAGUGACGCUUAUGACAGCAAACAACGCAAAAGUGGAACCACCUAUUAUUAAACCGGCCCCCAAUCGAAACUCCAACUCUUCGUCUAAUAAAGAAGGGCUAAAACUGUUGAUGCAAAUUCAACAAGACAAGAACGAGCUAAUGGAAUCCUUUCGAGAGCUGAUUGGAGUUCAAUUACCGCCCCCACCCCUACGAGAGAAAAAUCAUGUUGAUCUGUUCUUCGAAAGUGUUAGCUCAAGUGUUAAGGCGCUUUCUCCGAAGCUCGUUGCAGAAGCAAAGAUGAGAGUGUCGCAGCUUAUUUGUGAACUCGAGCUGCGCGCCUUGAAAGAUAAUGGCGAACAUGGAGAUGCCGCAGGUAUAGAGAUGCCAAUGUCACCAAUGGCAAAUAAUGGUCAUCUUAUGACCCCGGAUACCAACGUAGACCAACGCAUUGCUAAUUGCUUUAGAGCUAUGACAUAAAUCAGAAAGCCGGGCUUAUGAUGCAAAUAUAUUAAUAAGAAAACUAGGUAU